AACCAUUCAUUGUCUGUGUUGAACCGAGUGGCAACGGAAUCCUUCGGACGUGCGGUGCGGUUGUGAGAAAUAAAAAUUGAAAAAUUGCAUAAACUUAAAUAAGAAGAAAGAAAUCAACAAAAUAUUAUGGCUGCAAGAUUAAUCCAAAAGAUUUUAAGAUUUAUUGGAAUUAAUGGCUCCCGGGAAGCAAAUGAGUUGUCGACAUCUUUAAAGGUUAACACAACUCCUGCAUCUGGUCGUGCAUUUUCUUCGGGUACACGCAAAGUUACCCUCAUUCCUGGUGAUGGCAUUGGUCCAGAAAUUUCUGCUGCUGUGCAGAAAAUCUUUACUGCUGCCAGCGUGCCCAUUGAAUGGGAAGCAGUCGAUGUGACUCCCGUUAGGGGUCCGGAUGGCAUGUUCGGCAUUCCUCAAGCUGCCAUAGAUUCGGUUAACACAAACAAGAUCGGUUUAAAGGGUCCUCUCAUGACUCCCGUCGGCAAGGGUCAUCGUUCCUUGAAUUUGGCCUUGCGUAAAGAGUUCAAUCUGUAUGCCAACGUAAGGCCCUGCAGAAGUUUGGAGGGUUACAAGACUUUGUACGAUAACGUAGAUGUUGUCACAAUUCGCGAGAACACUGAAGGUGAAUACUCUGGCAUUGAACAUGAAAUUGUCGACGGAGUUGUGCAAAGUAUCAAAUUGAUUACGGAGGAGGCUUCAAAACGUGUGGCUGAAUACGCUUUCCAAUACGCCAAGAACAACAACAGGAAGAAGGUUACCGUUGUACACAAGGCCAACAUUAUGCGUAUGUCAGAUGGUUUGUUCUUGCGUUGUGUCCGCGACAUGGCUGGAAACUUCCCAGAAAUUAAAUUUGAGGAACGUUAUUUGGACACAGUUUGCUUGAAUAUGGUACAAGAUCCCAACAAGUAUGAUGUUCUGGUAAUGCCUAACUUGUACGGUGAUAUCUUGUCUGAUAUGUGCGCCGGCUUAGUAGGUGGUCUCGGUUUGACACCUUCUGGCAACAUGGGUCUUAACGGAGCCCUCUUCGAAUCCGUUCACGGUACUGCCCCCGAUAUUGCCGGCAAAGAUUUGGCCAACCCCACCGCCUUGUUGUUGUCUUCCGUCAUGAUGUUGAGACACAUGCAGCUCAAUUCUCACGCCGAUAAAAUUGAACAGGCCUGUUUCUCCGUCAUUAAGGAGGGAAAAUAUUUGACUGGCGAUUUGGGUGGCAAAGCCAAGUGCUCCGAAUUCACAAAUGAAAUUUGUGCUAAGCUGUAAAUGUUGCACCAACAUCUUCGCCACAAAAACUCAUUUCAUUUAAGCCAAAAAACCUUGCACCGUUUUAAAAUAAUUUGAAUAGAAAGAAGCUCUUGAAAAAACAAAAACCAACCGAUAGUAUUGUACGUUCGAAUACCUACUUAAUGCAAUUUAUUGCAAGUUUUAAAUAUUUUCUAAAAUCAAAACAUUAUGAAUAUUUUCGAGUAGUUAAAAACCAACACAUAUAUCCAUCCUUGUUUGUCGUAUUAUUAUUUUAUUAGAAACUUUUAUGUAUAAUCUUGUUAGUUUUUUUUCUGUCCAAAAGAAAAGUGUAUUGUUAUUUAAAUAUUUAAUCCACAUUUUAAUUUAUAAUUUUAUUUUUCCUUUGUCUAUUUUGGCUUCAUUUAUUUUUAAAUUUCCAAUAAAUUUAUUUGAAUGUCAACGGACGCAUCAUUAUGAAACUCAUAUGUAACGUAACAAUAAAUUAUCGCGUAUAAUGAUAUAAAGAACAAACAAAAAUAAAACAGAAUAGUUAUCAUAAUACACAAAAAAACUUGUUGAAAUAAAAAAUUAAACAGACAUUA